UGCUGCUCAGCUCCUCCGCUGUGCGUGCGAGGGACGUCGGGGGCGGCGCCGCAGCAGUUGCCCCUGGUAACGGGGGAGGCAGGAGGUGGAGGAGGAGGAGGAGGGACUCGGCGGGAGGAUGGGCUUACUCUCAAUUUUGCGCAAAUUGAAAAGUGCACCAGACCAGGAGGUGAGAAUCCUUCUCCUGGGCUUGGAUAAUGCUGGCAAGACCACUCUUCUGAAGCAGCUGGCAUCUGAAGACAUCAGCCACAUCACACCUACACAGGGUUUUAACAUCAAAAGUGUACAAUCACAAGGUUUUAAACUGAAUGUAUGGGACAUUGGUGGACAGAGGAAAAUCAGACCAUACUGGAGGAAUUAUUUUGAAAACACUGAUAUUCUCAUAUAUGUAAUUGACAGCGCAGACAGAAAAAGAUUUGAAGAGACGGGUCAGGAACUAGCUGAAUUACUGGAGGAAGAAAAGCUAAGUUGUGUUCCAGUGCUUAUCUUUGCUAAUAAGCAGGAUCUGCUCACAGCAGCCCCUGCCUCUGAAAUCGCAGAAGGACUGAACCUGCACACCAUCCGAGACCGAGUCUGGCAGAUCCAGUCCUGCUCAGCCCUCACGGGAGAGGGCGUUCAGGACGGCAUGAACUGGGUCUGCAAAAAUGUCAAUGCAAAGAAGAAAUAAAAUCUAGACGAAUGGAGACGCAGGAACUGCGGGAGCUGAAUUCUGUCCUGAAAAACACUAAUUUGCUGCUUUCUGACCAAAUGUUUUUCCAUCUGUGUACAGCUACAGCUGUGUGAAGAGAGGGAACAACACCGUUUAAAAAGAAUCCCCAUUCCAGCAGUAGAUUUAACUGAUCUCUGAGGUUCAGUAUCAUUUUUCGAAUAAAGGAAUUAUAUUCUUUCCUCUGCAUAA